AUCACGGGUAGCUUCAAGCAUACCGGCCAAGACAUCACAAGAACAGACUCCGUUUGUUUUUGGAAAUGAUCAAAGACUUUGUAAAUUAUACGUGAUACAAUGAUGGAUCGACAGCACCACACUGAAAUUCAGUAGGCACAUAUCCAAACACCAACCGGACAUUACGCCGUGCCGUCAAGUAAACCCAAAUCGCCUUCCAGUCACCGUCUAACCGCUCUAUAUGCGCAAUCCAUAAAAACAAAAGAUCCCUUACUUUUCUAGAAGAAAGAAAUUGUGUCGUUCCGUUAUUUCUCACUUAUUUUCUUCUCUUUUUCUCGCAGCAGCUAUCGCGUUCCUUUCACUGUUACCUGUCACGGUCGUGCGGGUAACAGUCCGCUCUGUUCGGUCUGUCGCCGAGGGCACGCGAAGGUUCCAUUUCCAUUCUGUUGUUUGUUGUUUUUUGACGAAAAAAAUACAGUAUUUAUACAAAAGGGGAGGAGGAUAUUGGCUUUGAGUAGAGUGUUUACUUUUGGCGCUGAAUCGUCUUUUGGGCCAUCUCGAUGAGGCCGUCCUUGGCUUCGCUCGCGGGGAAGUCGGCUAGUGCGGCAAUAGCCUUAUCGGAGUAGUCGUGGGCGAGAGCACGGGUUUGCUCAAUGCCGUCGCUCUGGAGAACAAGAUCACGGGCCUGGAAUAAGUUAGCAUGAGUCACGCUCACAAGUUUUCUUACAGAUAGAAGAACCACUUACACGUUCAACGUCACCCUCGCGCUCAAACUUGCGGCCAACCAGGGCACCAAGCUCGGGCAUCUGCUUCCAGGCAAACAAAAGAGGAGCAGUAGCAAGGCCGAGCUCAAGAUCAGCACCAGCAGGCUUGCCAAGGUCCUUUGCCGAGCGCGUGUAGUCGAGCAUGUCGUCCACGAGCUGGAAGGCCAGGCCAAGAUUGCGGCCGUAAGAGUAGGCUGCCUCGACGGUGGCGUUGUCCGCAUUGCCCAGCAGCGCGGCGGCUCUGCACGACUUGGAGAUGAGACUGGCCGUCUUGAGAUAUGUCUUUUGCAAGUAGUAGCUGAGCGUCUCCUCAGACCACUGAGGAUUCUUCUCAUCCCUCUCCGUGUUCUUCAGCUGCAUGAACUCGCCCUCGACAAGGUUGGCAAUGACGGUGGCGAGCAGCUCAACAACUUCAGCGUUGCGCAGUCUAGCCAGCGCAACAGAGGCACGGCCGAGCAAAAAGUCGCCGGCUAAGACGGCCAUCUUGUUACCGAAUUCGAGGUUGGCCGAGGGAGAGCCUCGUCUGGAGACGGAGUGGUCAAUGACAUCGUCGUGGAGUAACGAGGCUGUGUGAAUCAGCUCUGUGAUUUCGGCCAGGCGGCGCUGGCUGGGCAGGAUAUCGAGGCUGCCGUCGGCAAGCUCGGGCUCCCUGGCUGUGAGCGGCCGCUGGGAGGGGUUAACGUCGGCGAGGAUCUGUGCGGGAGAAAUGGAAGUGUCAAUGCCUCGCAGGCUCUGCGUAGGCUCGGGAAAGGGUGUUUUGGGGCACAAGUGGGUGGCUCUGCUCAUGAGCAGAACAAUGAGCGGGCGAAUGUGCUUGCCCUCGGCCUGGGUGUAGUACUUGGCGACUCUGUCAAGGGCCGGGUGUCCAGAGCCCAGCAGUUUGCGAAUGUUGCCAGUAAGAAACUUCAUCUCCUUGGCCACAGUUCGCAAGGGGUCAAUGUGCAUGCCGUCCUUGGAGGCCUGCUUGACCACGUUGCCCACCAUGUUGGAGGCGACCUGGACAGCGGCGGCCCAGGCGGAGUCUCUCCUCGAGGAAUAAUGUAUCGUCGCUCGCUGCUGCUGCUGCAGUCGAGUUGGUGAUGCUGCAGCGUAUUCCAGUCUGCACAAUCGGCACGAAGAGUGCAUAGUUGCGGCUCUUCCGGACAUGGCGUCGCGGAGGACGACUGACCCUGAACGGAGGCUCAUGAUGGGAGAAGGGAGAGUUUGUCGGGCGAGGCGAUGCGGGAGCGAAGAAAAUAAAAAUCAGAAAUCGAUCGAGAUGGUGGAAUUGAUGCCGCCGGUGAUGGAAAUUCAGAGGAGUCGAAUGCCCGCGGCGGUGCAAACUAGGCGGUUGCUUGGGGCGGAAGUUGUUGGAUGCGGCAGAAAGCUAAACUUUUUGCUAGCUCGCUUUUCGCUGCGCUGCUGAUUUCAGCGCAACCGCGACCUGCGGAGCAGCCCGGAAUCCGCUCCCCGUCGCCGCAACGCACGCUCAUUGGCCAGCGCACCACGUACCUGAUUUGGUUGGCAGGCAGCCAUUUGGCGAUUCCACACGUGCUCUGAGAAGAGCUGGCAUCAUCAUCAUCACCACCACUACUACAAAGAAAAUAAAUAAUUUUAUAUACGGAAGAAUAUAUGCAGUAGUGGUUUUCUUUAGUGCACAUUACUGGUGAAUUACUGCCCGACGUAUAACUCCCUCCAAACACCUAGCACCGAAAACCACCCUUGCGACCACAUCAACCAUCACCAAGAAGACUAGACGGACGGACGCAGCAUCAUGGUUCUCCUCACCAUGACACCGUCUAUUGUCGACGGGUUGAAUACUCUCGGCUCCCAAGCCACCCAACUACAGCAGGACACAGAGCCAACUCUUGCCAACUGUGCUGUUGGAAACCCCAUUUCACAUGCCCAGGUCCUUCGUCUCUGGAAGCAGCUCCAGUCCUCUACGAAAUCAACCGCCACAUUAGAAUCGCUCCUCGUUGGAGCAAGAGUAUAUACUCCACCUCCACCUCCCAAAGCAGAAAAGUCCCCAGAGUACAUUGCCCUAAUGGCCCGAUUACGACGAGACGAAGACGAGCGUGCAUACGAACGAAUGAUAAACCCCACUGCCAAAAUGGAAACAUUCAACGACAGAUUUCCCAGUGCUGCGCAAUCCUAUUCUGCCGUCAACCGCCCCAUGACGCAGGCGGACAUGGGCGAUGACGAGGUUACACUUACAGAGGUCCACCGACAGGUCAUGUUAAUUAUGAACUUUGUGCUCAGCAUCGCUGGUGUAGCUGGCACACUCUGGGUUCUCGCUAGAUGGUGGCCUUUAUCAGCCCGCAUAUUACUUACACUCGGAGGAAGCAUAGCAGUUGCGAUUGCCGAGGUGGGUGUGUACUCUGCCUACAUGUGGCGGCUGGGCGAGGCGCAUAAGAAGGAUAAGAAUAAAAAGGAAAUUAAAGAAAUAACGCAAACAUGGACGGUCGAAAAAGAAGAGCCAGAUACGACGAGUGUCUUAAUUAAGGAGAAGGCCAACGUCGAGAGUGAUGCACUGCGGAAGAGGGAGGUGCCGACCAAGGCAAAGUCAUAGCAAAAUGUAUCUGAACAGUCUUCACUUUACACCCGUCGUGACGAAUACGAUAUCAAUAUACAAAAAGAUCUUUUAUCGCACAUCGUAUCACACACAGGCGACAUCAUAGGCGGUGCUACGGCUUCGUCAUCAACUAAUCUGGCCAAGAACACCUAUAAUACGUACUCAACACCAAAUAGCCUCUAUGUGUUUGUAGAAGCAAUUUGCCAGAUAAAUUCACAACACAUACAGAAUAUAAUCACCUCUAUAAUAAUGAAACCCAACAACACAUAAUUAGAAACCGUGUUAUUCCCGGC